GGGGGGUUGGAGCCGGGGCCGCGGGCGGGGCGGAGCCGGGCAAGUUUGUUUCCCGAGUUCGUAGACCGGGAGCCCCCGCGGUUGUCGCGCAGGUUCUCUCCGGCUUGGUCGUGAUGGAGCUGCCCGCCGUGAACCUGAAGGCGAUCCUCCUGCUUCACUGGCUGCUGACGAUCUGGGGCUGCAUCGUGUUCCCGGGCGCCUACGCGUGGUCCAACUUCACCAUCCUGGCCUUGGGCGUGUGGGCCGUCGCGCAGCGGGACUCCAUCGACGCCAUAAGUAUGUUUCUGGGUGGUUUGGUGGUCACCAUCUUCCUGGACAUCAUCCACAUCAGCAUCUUCUACCCAAGGGCCAGCCUCUCGGACACAGAGCGCUUCAGCGCUGUCAUGGCCAUCGUCAGCGCGCUCCUCAAGCCGGUCUCCUGCUUCUUCGUCUACCAGAUGUACCGGGAGCGCGGGGGUGAGCUCCUGCUCCACACUGGCGAGGCCAGCGCCUCCGGCCGGCUCCCCAGCUCCCCUCUCGCUGGCCCAGCUUUCCUUGGACCUUCACAGGAGCACAGUGCCUACCAGACGAUUGACUCUCCAGAAAUGCCUGCUGACCUGGAGAGCAGGGCUCACGUCCCCCAAGGAUACUGAAGCCAGCCCUGCUGCAGCUGGCCCCAGCCUAGGGGCCAGUUUGAGGAACUGCGGGGAGGGGUGGGAGGAGGCUGCAUCACCUUCUUGGUGCCUUGGAUGUCAUCCUAGGGGCGCUCCCGUCCCCCCACCUUUCUCAGAACUAAUGUGGGAUGUGUCUUCCGGUUCCCCAUCUCAGGGGUUGCCUGAAUCAAGUGCCCUGAGAGGCCAGGAGCCCCUGUGCACACCUGUCCCAAACUCCUCGAGGCCUCUCCUCCCUUCCAGGUGUCCCACUGGUGCCAGGCUGGGAACUGUGGUCGCUUUUGUCACCUCCACCCUUAGCUGCUCCGUGCAGGCCCCGGGCCGAGCCGUGCCUGAGCCUGGCGGGGUCAGACCUCUAAGAGCCAAUGAUGCCCCUACCCUGCGUCUCUCCCGAAGUUGGCCAAGCCCUCCCGCAGGAGCUCUGAGAGCUUCUGGUCACGCUCAGCCCCAGGAGUGCAGAGGUGAGGACCCCUGGCUUCUCACUGCCUAGUCACUUGGGGCCCAGGACCCCAGCACUGGAGGCUGGUGGUGUCUGCAGCCUCAGAGAUCCACCACUGCCUCCAGCUGCCCUUCUCAGAGCCAUGGCAUUAAAAUUCAGGGAAUCCUGUAGCUGAGUGUGUUUUGAGCCACGUUUAAUCUCCCGUCAGGGCUGGAGCCUGGACUUGCCAUUCCUGGGAAGAUUCCGGCAAAUCCCCAGGGCACCAGGCCUUAGGUGCCCAUUCUCUUGUGGCAGGAGGAAGCAGGGGCUCACGACCAGCUGGGCCUGCUCUGUGCUCGGCUCCGGCCCAGCCGAGGCCGCAGCAGAGGACGGCACUGUUCAGUGCGGCAAAUGGGUGUCCGUUUCUCCGAAUUCAGAUGCCUCAGGUAUUGGUUUGAAUCCCGCCCUGCCCCUGACUGUGUGCCCCUCAGGCCCCCGUGUCUGCUGGAGGAGGGCUAAUGCCUGCCCAGAGAGUGAUGACGCAGCUGAAAUGUACGGUGCCUGGCCCUCGGGAGGGCUCCCUGCAUGACAGCGAGGUUGUCGGCGGGGCUGUUCCUGGGGCCCAUGAUGAUGUUGGGUCGGUGGGCCAGGGGCGGUCUCCUCCUGGCAGACCCUGUGUCUUGGCCUCAGAGCAGAUGGGGACACCUGUCCAGAAGCUCCGAGGAUCCCAUGGCCAGGGCCCUACCCCACUCCCACUGGGAUGGCAUUGACCACUGGACCCCAGGUGCCUGGGCUCUUUCAGACCAUCCUGGCUCGUCCCCGGCACAAAGAGGUCAAGGCCUGGUGCACAGUCCCCUCCCCCCAUUCUUCUGUACCCAUCCAUCCAGAGAAGCUGAGUGCCUGCCACAUGCUGUGCAGGGGCCUGGAGCUACAGGGGUGAACUCAGGUCCUGCUCUCGGGGGGAACAGGCAUUAGGAGCCCUCUGUCAGGAGGUGAGAGCCCUGAAAGAAGGAACAUGGGGCCUCCGGGGAAGGGACUUGGGCUCUGGGGCCAAGGGACGCUGGGUGGCUGCAGCUGUGGAAAACCGGGAACAGCCUCAUAGUCAGACGGGGGCGGACAGAUAAGCCGUGGUCCGUUCAUUCUAAGCAAUACUGUUCAGCAGUUCAAAUGAAUAAACCAGGCCUAUUCCUAUCAAUGUUGGUUCCCCCCGAACGUUGGUUGCAGAAUGGCACACGUGAUACGAGAGCGUUAGUGUGAAUUUUAAAACCUCUCAGCAAUA